AUGCAGUCGCUUAAUCAUCGAAGAACAGGCAAGGAUGAAGAAGACGACGCGUGGGCGCUAGAGCUCGAGGAGGAGCUCGACCUCACAGGUAUUCGCUACGAGGGGCGGCUUAAUCAAUGUAGUGUGAAUGUGCACGAACCAAAAUUGGAUCUAGAGGAGAAGCUAUCACUUGGAACGAAGCAGAGGGACGAGGAUAAGACAGCUUUGGCUCUACCAUCGGUGGCUGCAACUUUGCCACAGGAGGUGCUCGCUCUCAUCAUCGGUUUCGGGCAAGUUGGACGAGUGUGCAAGUCCUGGAGUCUCGCUAGUGUUGCAGUCACCCGUCGUCGCUUCUCGUCCCGACUUGCAGAUAUUCUGCGUCCCAUGGACCCAAAAGCUGUUGCAGUGGCUCUCGAUGUGGAAACCGAGCUUUUUACUGCUUACGGGCAAAGUCUUGUGCGUAUGAGCGGACCCGAUAUGGCCAACCCUCAACUAGCUCGUAAGCGCAAGGAGUGGAUCAAGAAACGCACGCACGAGGUGAUGCGGGACGGUCGCGAGGCAGAAGGCUUCGAGUCGGACCUAUUCGAAUGCCGCAACUGUGGCAGCUCUCGCACCCGUUACCGUCAGUGGCGUCGCAAAGCUGUGGUUGACCGCACGCGGAUUAUAGUCAUUUGCCUGAGGUGUCCCUCGCUGUACGCCGUCAGACGAGUGAGCGGUUCGUCCCACGAGAGCCCUGCGGUUCACAGAUCAACGCUCAUAAAAUCUACAAGCAGCCGCUGGAGCGAUUCUCGUUCAUUCUUCAAAUUUCCAGAAGACCAAGAUUACUACCAGUACCAGCCCCUGCAAGCCGACCCCAUGAAGUGCGCGAAUCCUGACUGCACGUGCGCGGAGCUCGCCACGACUGAUCCAGGUAUCGUUUGUGGACGUGGUGUUCACCACAUCUGCAGUGAUGAGCUCUAUGAAUCCGGGAAGUUGUCGGAGCGUUUUUGCAGUGCGGCAGCUUGGGAAGGCGCUCUGCGCCGCUGGACCAACACGUCCAAUGUGAAGGCGCACAUGGUGGCCGCUCACGAAGACCACCAGCUUGGACAAGCUGAGGCAUGCGCAAGGUUGGAAGCUGCUACUCGUAACUUUGACGAAGCCACUGAUCAUGCCACUGCAUCGACAUUCCGAGACUUACUGACUGGGGUAUGGUUCAAGCACUGUAAGAAGGCAGGUGACUUCUUGCAGCGAGAGCUCAAAGCAGCUCAUGGCCCAUUCCUAAAUCUGCAUCACGACGGAUGGACCACCGGAAACGGCAAGGUUGGUGUGCUCGGGACGUCCGCUUCGUUCAUCGACAAGACUUGGACUCACUGUAAGAUUGCUCUCCUUCUCACUGUUGGAAACCCAUCGCAUGCAGCUACAGACAUGCAGCGGGUGAUCUGCUCGCGAAUUCGCGAACUGUACAAUGUUGACAUCUCCGCAAUGACUCAAUUUACGGUGUCGGAUACCACUGCAAGUGCUAGAAAGACCUCCAAGCUGUUCGAGGACUCGAUUGUCACCGACUGUACGAUGCACGUGUUGAACUUAUGCCUGCAGUACGCGAUUGGAAUGACGGAGAACAAGGAAACGGUGGAAGUGUAUGAUCCAGCCACGAACUCUUGUAAGCGUGAAAAACGCUACUGUACGGUUGGAGGCGCCUUUGAGGAAGGGCGGGAUCUGAUCAAGCGCGUGCGUGCGCUCAACAACUAUUUCUCCACCCAACAGCGCUGCCAGCGCUUGGAGAAGAUGCAAGAGUUCUACGGCUUGCCAAAGAUUGGCCCCACGCUAGACUGCGACACUCGUGUUGCUUUCACGGUGAAGCUACUUGAAAGAUCCAUUGUGAACUACUCAGCGUUCCAGUACUACUCCCAGUGCCGUGAGAAGGGUGACGAUUCAUCGGUCUUCGAGUGCUUGGAGCACACCGACUGGCGUUUGAUGGCAGAGAUGGAGUCAAUUGUGGGCCCAAUCGCGAACCUUGCCCGGAUUGAAAUGCAGCGGAGUGACCUUGUAGCGUCCGAGCUCAUCGUAUUGUUGAAGUUCGCGGCCGAUCGGCUGUACAGCAACAGCUUCUCGAUGUUCCAUCUUAAUGCACCGCGAGAUCCGAUGACCACAGUGGAUACAUUUCGUCGCAUCUCGAUCUCAGGUGAAGCUUUCAGCGGGCUUGCACGUGUUUGCUUGGCGCGGAUGAAGGGUCAGCUGAAGAAACGAAUCGGGACUGCUACUGCCGAGACGGUUUUGAUCCUGCUACUCGAUCCACGGACCAAGUUUUCUGUGGAAUCCUUGAUCGCACCUUCAACCACACCUGGAACCGAAAAGCACGCAAGUGAUGGAGAAUCCCAGCAAUCCCAGCAAAAUACAGAGAUUGUCAGCGCAGGCAGCAAGCUUUUGGUUGAUGCGCAUCGGGAGAUGUUCUGCUCUCUUCGCGAUCGUGAUCUCAACGCUGUUGGGACUACCGCUACUACGACAUCGCGUAACUUGACCUUGUCCCUUACGCUGACGGCGAGAGUGCUGGAGGAAUGGCUGCAAUAUACGGUUGACUGGGUCGCCACUACUGUGCAGCAGGCACCGGGGAAGACAAAGACCAGUGACGACUUCGCACCGCUUCUGUUGGUACGCCGAAACGGGUCCGUGUGUUGGCGAGUCGAGGCCGUCUGUGAGCAUGUAGAUAUUCUCCGCUGGUUUCGUGAAGUCGGCAGCUCUCGCUUCCCAUCAGUUGCAGCGCUGGCUCGGAUUUGGUUGGGAAGAGCCCCAUCCAACGCCUUUCAGGAACGCGUUUUCUCUACCGGUGGGAUCGUAAUGAGCAAUCGGCGUACUCGGACGGAUAACUACCAAGCGGAGAUGCAAGUACUCCUGAAGCACAACCAGAAGGUGGUCAAGUAUAUCGAGUCCAGCGAUGCCGAAAAUGUGGCUCUGGAGGCUCACAUUCGAAAAAGAGAUUUGUGA